AUGGCCGUCAACGUCCAAGAAUUCGCCCAAACCCAAAUCUCCCUCCUCGCCUCCGAACUCGCAGCCGAAAUCGCCGAGUCAUCCGCCCUCGUCUCCCUCCACUCCCCCACCGCCCUCCAACGCGCCGGCGUCGCGCUGACCAACCUCACCGUCGCCGCCCAGCGCACCGGCCUCGGCGGCAAGACCGUCCUGGAACUCGGGCCCGACCCAGCCACCGCUUCUUCUUCUUCUUCCUCAUCUUCUUCUUCUGCUGGUGGUGCUACCGCCGAUCUGCCGGAGCAUGGCAUCCGCGUCGGGGACAUCGUGCUCGUGGCCGAGCAGCCUGCUGGUGGUGGGGUGGGGAAGAAGAAGACGGUGGUGGGUAAGGAGGCGGGUGGGGGGGUGAAGGGGGUUGUUACCAGGGUGGGGAGGGCGGUGGUGGGUGUGGCGGUGGAGGAGAGGGAUGGGAGUGGGAGUGGUGGUGGUGGUGCGGGUGGGAAGGAGGAGGGGGAGGGGUUGUUGGCGGGGGUGGUCGGGGAGAAGAGGGUGUGGAUUGUCAAGGUGGCGGAUGAUGUUACUUUUCGGAGGAUGAAUGCUACUAUGGAGAGACUCGCUAAGAUGGAGGAGAGGGAGUAUUCGGCUUUUGUUAGGGUGUUGUUUGGGCUGUCGUCGCCGUCACCGGUUCCGGCGGAUUUGACGCAGGAUGAGGAGGUUGGGGAGAUUGAGUGGGUUGAUCCGACGCUGAAUGAUAGCCAGAAGGAUGCCAUCCGGUUCGCGCUGGCGUCGAGGGAGAUCGGGUUGAUCCAUGGACCACCGGGAACCGGCAAGACGCACACCCUCAUCGAACUCAUCCUCCAACUCCUCAAGCGCAACCUCCGCGUGCUCGUCUGCGGCCCGUCCAACAUAUCAGUCGACAACAUCGUGGAGCGACUCGCACCACAUAAAGUCCCCCUGAUCCGCCUCGGGCACCCGGCACGGCUCCUGCCGUCGGUGCUCAACCACUCGCUCGACGUGCUCACGCGCACGUCCGAGGCCGGCGCCAUCGUCAAGGACGUGCGGGCCGAGAUGGACGCCAAGCAGGCGUCGAUCCGCAAGACGCGCAACGGCCGCGAGCGCCGCGCCAUCUACGCCGACCUCAAGGAGCUGCGCAAGGAGUACCGCGAGCGCGAGCGCCGCUGCGUCAGCAGCCUGGUCGCCGGCAGCAAGGUCGUGCUGGCGACGCUGCACGGCGCGGGCGGGUUCCAGCUGCGCGGCGAGCAGUUUGAUGUUGUUAUCAUCGACGAGGCCAGCCAGGCGCUCGAGGCCCAGUGCUGGGUGCCGCUGCUGGCGGCGAGCAAGGCCAUCUGCGCGGGGGACCACUUGCAGCUGCCGCCGACGAUCAAAUCGCUGAAUUUGAAGGGCAAGGGCGGCAGCAAGAAGGGGAAGGACGCUGCUGCUGGCACCGAGGGUGUGGUAAAAGGGGCUACGCUGGAGACGACGCUCUUCGACCGCCUCCUGAAACUCCACGGUCCAUCCAUCAAGCGCAUGCUCACGACCCAGUACCGCAUGCACGAGAAUAUCAUGCGGUUCCCGUCCGACGAGCUCUACGAAGGGAAACUCAUCGCCGCGGAGGCCGUCAAGGCGAGGCUGCUAAAGGACCUGCCCUACGAGGUGGACGACACGGAUGACACGACCGAGCCAGUCAUCUUCAUCGACACGCAGGGCGGUGACUUUUUGGAGAAGAACGAAGACGACCAGGACGCCGGCGGCGGAAGCAAGAAGCUCACCAAGAGCAGCCUCUACGGGGACAGCAAGAGCAACGAGAUGGAGGCGGCGCUGGUGAGGCAGCACGUGCGGAGUUUGGUGGAUGCCGGGGUGAAGCCCGAGGACAUCGCGGUGGUGACGCCGUACAAUGCACAGCUCGCGGUCCUUGCGCCGUUAAAAGAGAGCUUCCCCGGAAUCGAGCUCGGCAGCGUCGAUGGCUUCCAGGGUCGGGAGAAGGAGGCUGUUAUUGUCAGCCUUGUCCGGAGCAACGCGGACGGCGAGGUCGGCUUCUUGGGUGAGAAGCGCCGGUUGAAUGUGGCGAUGACACGGCCAAAGCGUUCGUUGACCGUCAUCGGAGACUCUGAGACGGUGAAAAAGGGCAGCAAGUUCUUGAAGGACUGGAUGGACUUUCUAGAAGAAAAUGCCGAUCUCCGGUACCCGGAUCUGGCAUCACUUGCCCAAGAUGCAUAA